AUGAAUUUUAUUUGUUUUUUAUUGGUUUUUAAAAAAGUAAUAUCAUCUCAUUUUAAUACACAUGAACGAAUUUAUAAUCUUAAUCAUUCAAUGAUGUCUUUAUUGAAGGAUAAGAAACGUAUAGAUAAUGAUUUAAAGAUUCAAAAGAGAACCAAUAAAAAACUCAGAAUUGAAAAUAAAAUUGACGUAAAUGUUGAUAUAGAUAAAGGUAAGUUAAACCUAGAAAGUGAAAAGUUAGCAGUAAAAGAGUUACAAAGUGCUGAUGUUACUACUGGAAAUUUAGAACAAUGCAAAACUAUAAAACACGUUGAUAUGCAUGAUAGUACUGUAAAGUCACUAACUAAUAAUUAUAACGGCUUAAUGGAUGCUAACACUAUUGAUACAAUAAGUUCUGGUUCUACAGAACCUUUAGAUUUGAGCUGUAAGUCUAAAAAUAAUCUUGCUUCUUCACUUUCAAAUGCACGAUCAUUAGGUGGUGCCAAUCUUUACAAUUCCAUCAGGACAGAUGAUAUGGAUAAAAAAGUAGAUUUUAAUUACAUUGGAUCUUUAAAAAACACUAUAAAUACUAAUGUCAAUAAAUUACAGAGUACUUAUGUCAAUACAAAUUCAAGAGAGGUACUUGAAGAUCUAGCUAUGAUGUCUCGGCCUGGUUCUACAAAAUCAUAUUUAACACCCCCACGUAACAUAACUUUUUUCGCUGAACAAGAACUUUCAAACUUAUUUAAUAAACUUAAAGAAAACUUUUAUAAUUUAAUACAAUCAAGAAACUUGCCCGAAUUUAGUAAUAUUUACAGCUUAGAUGCAAGAAAUAUUUCAGAUGAUGAUAAAUUGCGCUUAAAAAAACUUAAAAUAUCUUAUAACGGUAAAUUGUAUAAAAGGAAAAAAAAAAUUGACGAUUGUAUUAACAAUAUUUAUGAACAACUUGAAUAUCAACGAAUAUCAUUGCUAAAUUAUAAUUUAAUAGAAAAAAUUUUAAAAUUUACUAGCCAAGUUUUUGCCUUUAUCAUUGAUUCUAAUUUUUUUGAAAAAAAAAAUUUCAUUGCCUAUUAUUAUUUUGAUGAUAGGUUUAAAUACCAAAAAUACAAAUUUACAACAUUGUUUUCAGAUAAUAAUUUUGCAAAAAUGAUUACUUUAGUCAAACGAUUACUCUGUCAAGACUUCUAUUUUAAUCAUGUUAUAGGGGCCGACUUAAAGAGAAAUCUUGAAUAUCUAGCUGACCAUAUUUUAAGCAUAACUAUAAAUUUAGAUUCUUAUACUAAUUCUUUGGAUCUUCUCAAUGAAUUUUACAUAAAAUUUAAAAAAUAA